GCUGAGGAGGAGUGUGGAGGAGGGCAGGGAGUGUUUUCAGAGGCGUCCACACAUUGUGACGCCUCCUUAGUGGGAAUGAGGAAAAAAACAGCGAGAAGCAGGCGAGACGGUGGAGGAUAACGCUAAGUUAUUUAUAUUUUCCGUUCAUAACUUCCUCCCACUUCCUUCCUUCUUCCCGAUCUGUAUGACUGCGUGAAGACUAAAAGAAACCCAACGAUGCAGAGCACAGUUGACUCCCCGCAGGUGAUAGAUGUCACAAAAUCCAAGCCAUCGCUACCCCCCAAGCCUCGACUUGCUCCCAAACCUUUCUCUACACAGAAAAACACCAUUCGCUCUAUAAAUGCUCCGCAGGCUGUUAAUGUGUCCUCCAAGGACAAGGCUGAAAAACCCGUGGGUAAAACUCCCCCUAAACCCUUGACCAAACCGUCCACAAAACCGCCUCUGCAAAAGUCCACGACUGUCAAUACAAAGGAUCCCAAAAAACAAAUCAAAGCUGAAACCAAACCUGUUGCAGUCCAGAAAGAAGUUGCCAAAACGAACCGCAAGGCAGAGACUCAGGUGAUAACUAACACGAAACCGAAUGAUGUUGAAAAGAGUGAAGACAAAUCUUCGGCGACCACGAUCCAAAAGCCUGAAGAAUCACCGGACAAUGACUCAUCAAAAACCGAUGAAACAUUUCAGUGGGGCGGAACCAGGAAGCGCUUGUCCAUGGAGCUAACCUCCAAGUUUAACUCUGGUGGUAUGCCUCGACCCAUUGACCGCAGCAGAUCUCCAUCUGUAAACAAAGGAAAAGAAAAUGCAAACCAGCCAAAGCCGAACAUGGCAGAGUCAUCCGCCGCAGAAAGUGAUGAGGCCAAAGUGGUGGAAGAAAGCAGCGGAGGUGGCAGCAUCAAACGCCGGAUCAGUCUUCUAUUUGACUCAGCGUCAAAGCCGGAGGUUUCUGUGAAGAGAGUGCAGCCUGAGUUUGUAAAUGAAACGGCUGGUGUCAAGGAGCGAAUCAAAAACUGGGCUCAGGAGACCAGCUCAGUGCCAUCAACCGUGCCAACAAUAGAGAAGACUCAGAAAUUGCCAGCUGUUUCCGAAGCAGAGACCACAUCAUUGUCCGACACAACUGAAAAACCUCCGACAGAACAACUGCACACAUCGGAGGAGUUGGAGCACAAGUCAUUAGAAGAAGAUGACGAUGCUGACGAUGCCUCCUCUCCUGAAAUGGAUAAAAGCCGAGACGCUGCCAAACGCCGUUCUGCUCAAUUCGCUGCGGUUGAGAGCGACGACGGUGAAGCCCCUCUUGCCAUGGGAUCGAAAGCGGAAAGCAAAUCAAAGGAACAAGCAGCUCUCAAUAGCAAGGACGAGGACAUCAGCGAGGUGGAACAAAUAAAACAAUUGGAAUCUGAAAAAAGGCGAAAAGCUGAGGAAAGAAAAAAGCAAAGCUGGAGGUUACAGGAGGAGAAAGUUCAAAAAGAGGAGGAGGAGAACAAGAGGAAGAAAGAAGAAGCCAAUCAUAUGAGAGAAAAGGAGAGCAGGGUGGAGGCCGAAAAAGAAAGACUAAGGCUGAAGAAAAAAGAAGAUGAGAGGCAGAGAAGGGAGGAUUCGGAGAAAGAGAGGCUAAAAAGGGAGGAGGAGAAGCAGAGAAGAGAGGCCCUGGAGAGAGAAAGGAUGAAAGAAGAGGAAAGGAGGGCGGAGGAGUUGGAAAGGAUGAAAGUGAAGAAGCUGGAAGAGGAGAAGCAGAGAAGGGAGGAACUGGAGAAAGAGAGGCUGAGAGAAGAGGAGAGAAGAAGGGAAGAGAAAGAAAGAUUGAGGCUAAAGAAGGAAGAAGCGGAGAGACUGGAAAGAGAGGAACAAGAGAAGGAAAAGCUUCGAGAAGAGGAGCGAAGAAGGGAGGAGAGAGACAGAACGAGGCUGAAGAGGGAACAAGAGGAGAAACAAAGAAGGGAGGAAUUGGAGAAGGAAAAAAUAAGGGAAGAGGAGAAAGCAAGAUUGAGGCUGAAGAGAGAAGAAGAGGAGAGGCGGAGAAGGGAGGAAUUGGAGAGGGAAAGAUUGAUGGAAGAGGAGAGAAGGAGGGAGGAGAUCGAAAGAAUACGACUCAAGAAAUUGGAAGAGGAGAAGCAGAGAAGGGAGGAAUUGGAGAAAGAGAGGCUGAGAGAAGAGGAGAGAAGGAGGGAAGAGAUAGAAAGGUUGAGGCUCAAGAGGGAAGAAGACGAGAGACAGAGAAGGGAGGAAUUGGAGAGGGAAAGGCUAAGGGAGGAAGAGAAAAGGAGGGAGGAGAUUGAAAGAUUGAGAGUCAACAUGGAAGAAGAGGAGAGGGUGAGAAGGGAGGAAUGGGAGAGGGAAAAGCUCAGGGCAGAGGAGAGAAGGAGGGAGGAGAUUGAACGAGUGAGACUGGCGAUGGCAGAAGAGGAGAGACAGAGACGGAUCGAAUUUGAGAGGGAAAGAAUGAAGGAAGAGGAGCAGAGGAGGGACGAGAUCGAGAGACUCAGGCUGAAGAUCGAACAAAAUGAGAGGCAGAGACGGGAGGACUUGGAGAGGGAAAAACUGGAGAGGGAAAAACUGGAGGAAGAGGAGAGCAGGAGGGAUGAAAUGGAAAGACUCCGGCUCAUGAUCAAAGAAGAGGAGCGACAGAGACAGGAGGAAAGGGAGCAGAGAAAACAGGAAUCUCGGGUGGCCCAAGCACUGAAGGAGGAGGAGUCGAGGACCAGACGCAAGAUGGAGAUGAAAAUGCAACAACAAAAGGGAGAGCCUCCAACUCCAUACAAACCUUAUGCAGAAACCGGGAUCCUUUAUGACAACUUCUCGGUCGGUGAGUCCAAGCCUCUGGCGGAUGUUGGUCAUUUUGAUGACUUUUCUGUGAAGCCGACCCGAUGGGGGUCACAGAAAAAUGUGGAGGCAACCGCAUGGGACACAAGGGAAGACGUUCGGGGGGCUCUGGAUGUUGGCGCUCGAGAGAGAGUGCAGAUGGAAGGGUCCUUCGAGCCGAAAUCAACCUUCGUGCGCCCGGACGAGGAGGAGGACCACCGACAGCAAGAAGAGGCGUCUCAAGAGCAGGAGCCGGAGUCUCCACAGAUCGAGUUGGCAAAAGGAGGCCAAUAUUACAAGUAUGAGGAUCCCGACAGCAGUUACCGUACACGUAGACAUGGUGAAGAUACGGAUGCUUUGAUAGACUUGGAGUCUGAGAGGCAGCAUGGAGGCUAUGAGUGGAGGUCUAAAACUGACAGGACUGCUUUUCAACCAAGUCCGAGGUCUUUGACUGAUCCAUUCGCUGAGGUCUCUGACGAUCUUGAUGCAACUGAGCUGGUGCCAUCUCCUUUCCCUGAGAUCUCCACCCCCCUCCUCGACACCAAGGCACAGAGAUCCAGGGCAGACUUGGGCAAGCAGCGCAUCCGAUCACGCCCAUCACGUUCCAGCCGUUCGCAACCAUCUACGAUCGAGACUCCGGACUGGAGGUCUUGUGACUCCACAGAUGGAGGGCAAAGGGAGUCUGACUCAGAGGAGGAACAGCCAAAACUGAGGAUCGCCCCUUCUCCUUCUGCCUCCCGAAAGGUCCCUGUGUUUCCUGGCGUCAGCCCAUUAACCCUCAUUGCUCAGAUGAAAAAGAGAGCAGAAGGGCGAGAGGAGACUGAAGACAACAAGGAAAGUCCAAAUGAUGAAGUGGUGCCACCUCCUUCCCCACUGCCCCGCCUUCCUCGCUCUGCUGCCCAGCUUGCCGGAGCCGCACGAGUACUUCCACCCAUAGGCGCCACAGAUGGAGGUGCGGUCUCUCCAGCUUGGCUGACAGAGCUGAAGUCUAAAAAGCGUAUCAGUCAACACGAAGGGGAAUGGUAGCUGAGCGGCAGGUGGCAGGAACCACCGUGCUAAAGGGCAGAAUCCAUCCAUGUCAGAUGUUUGUGCUGAGAGACACCUCACCGAGGUCUAUAUUUUGCACUUGAGUGCCUUAUUUGUACAUUUGAGCCAGAUCUGAAAUAUGCAAAACGGAACGCAGGCCUUUUUGAAACGGAAUAUUUUCAGUCGUUGCAAACGAUUAGUCCUGGAAAUGAUUUGCCAAGACUGUCUGACAUUUUAUAGUCAUGGCAAGUACAUGUUUGAACUAAUGCUGCAAAGUCAACCAGUGAUCGUCAACGAAAUGCAGAACAUGAUGUAAAUUGACAAUUUUUUUUUCAUUUUGUUCUUUGUUGCUGUUUGUCAACUGUUAUUGACCGGGACUCAUGCCAUUCGGCCCGCCUCAGGAAAUCCAGAGUCCCUCACAAGUUCUCGUCAAUACAGAUCACCCCUUGUCUUUAGUUGAACAUAAUUUGAUCUUUCAUGGUAAACAUUUGCACUUUAAGAAAUACGGUAAGAAAUAUGGUUAUGUCCACCCUAUCUUAUGUUUGCCUCUACACAAAAGUGAUCAGACAAUCAUUUUACUUAUAUUCAGAGUACAACAAAGUAAUCCAAACACCUCAUGAUAACAUCAGCAAGCUGAAGAGGAAGGCUUUUAUGCUACCGCACCGUGUGAAUAUGUUUAUCUACUUGAGAUUUUUUCUUUUUUUAUGUGCCUUUGUUUUCUAAUGAAAAAACAAUGACCGCCAGUCAUUUAUUUACAUUUUGUUGCAAUUUAUUAAAAAGCUUUUCUAUGAAAUGUCA